UACUAUUUCUUGCGUCGCAGUCACAUAGAUGCUUAAGUUUUCAAAUGUAACGUACACUUUGUUCGAAGUUGUGUAGGUCGUUAUGAUCGUUAUGUUAGUUUGUGGAUAAGGAGAUGUGAGUUCCAUAAUUACCACGUUGUGCGGUUUUCAAGUGUUAUGUAAACAAUGGCUGCAACUAUUGGAUAUGUGAAUGUAAUCAAAAGAUCAGGGAAGGAAGGAUCACGUUUCCCAGUUACUGAAGAUUGCCUAAUUGGUAGUGGACUUCAUUGUGAAAUUAGAAUUCAUUUAGCUGAUGUUGCUGUAGAGCAUUGUUUAAUUCAGUGCCAGGAAGGGGGAAAGUGCUCACUAAAGAACUUAUGUAAACACAUGCCAACUAAACUAAAUGGUACUGAUGUUACUGAAGUUGCAAUACUGCACCACGGAGACACUAUCAGCGUAUCUGACCGUUUGUUCCGCUGGGAAUAUGAAGAACUACCACAAAUUCCUUCCGUUAUGAAGCCAACUGUGGCACUGCUGCCACGUAAUGUGACAGAUGAUACGGGAUCUUCAAAACGACUGGUGGCUGUUGUAUCACCACAGAUCAGAGAAAGACAGGAAACAUCACAGUCUCUUAGGACGUGGGUACUGCGUAGGUCAGUAGGGAACAGCUUGUCAAGUCGCACCCGGCAUCCUGCUAAGACGGUGGAAGGAAGGCGGAGUACUUCUGUGGUUAAAUUUGGUCCCCAGGAUUCUGAUCAGUCUGCAGUAUCAGAUGACAAGACUCCGCGCUUAGUAAACGUCUCCCGCCGUACCAGUGUUACAAGUUCAGUGAAAAAAUCUCUGCUAAAAGUAACACCACAUGUAAGAAAAUCUGGUGGUGCCUCUACUGUACAACCAAUUUCUUUUGAAACCCCUCACACUGUUACAUCUGUUAUGAGUGACAGUGUUUCUGAUUUGGUGGAAACACCAGUGUCAAAAACAUCACGUGUAAAGAGAUCAAGUAUAUCUUACAGUGUCACACCUCGCUCGCGAAAAUCAGUGCAAAUGGGAAGACUCUCUCACAGUGUGCCAUCUCUAAAAAAGACUCCUAAUGUAGAGGAAACAGUUGCAGUUUCUUCGCCAAGAAGGUCCUACAGGAAGGACCCCUUAGGAGUUUUGUCAAGUGUUAAAUCUGCAAAUGCUACACCAGAUGAGAAGUUUAUUGGAGGGGAGACUCCAGGUGUCUCACAGGUUAAAAUUGGUGCCCAGGAUUCUUAUCAGUCUGCAGUACUGGAUAACAAGACUCCGCACUCAGUAAAUGUCUCCCGCCGUACUAGUAGUAAAAGUUCAGUUAAAAAAUCGCUGCUGAAAGUAACACCAAAUCCGCGAAAAUCUGGUGGUGCAGAACCAACAGCUUGUGAAACACCUCACACGAUUAACUCGGAUAUGCGUGAUAGUGUUUCCGAUUCAGUUGAAACACCAGUGUCAAAAAUAUCACGUGGAAAGAAGUCAAGCAUAUCUUACAGUGUCACUCCUCGCUCGCGAAAAUCAGUGCAGAUUGGAAGACUCUCUCACAGUGUGCCAUCUCUAAAAAAGGCUCCUACUGCAGAGGAAAUAGUUGCAGUUUCUUCACCAAGAAAGUCCUAUAGGAAGGACACCUUAGGAGUUUCCUCAAGUGUUAAAUAUGCAAAUGCUACACCAGAUGGGAAGUUCAUUGGAGGGAAGACUCCAGAUUUCUCACAGGUACAAUCGUUGGGCAAAAGAUCACAAAGGUAUAGCCAAAAAGUUCCUGCUGCAGAUACUUCAGCAACCAUAGUACAGUCUCCAGAUUUAUUCUCGUCAGAUCAGAUGCCCUCCAAUGGAGAAGUGGCACAGCUAAAAGAAUUGCAGAAAUCAUCUACAUCUGCUGUGGCUGAGAGACCCAAAAGAAAAUCAGCUGGACUGCUGCUCGCACACAUUCGUGAAAGUCAGGAAUUGUUUUCUCGUAGCCGUAGAAACUCUACUCCUUCAGCAAAUACUGACAAAAUAAACACCAGGUCAGCAAGAGCUUCAAUGAUUGUGCCUAAGAAAAGUAAACUUUCUUUCACGCCCAUAUCACAGUCAAAAACACCUCGCAAGCUUAAAUCCCUUCGGGCAAUGUCAGCAAAAGCAGCCAAGCGAAGAUUGACUGAUGUAGACCUCUCGGAAAUUGCUGCUAAUAAGCUAAAAGCUAAAUCACCUAAAACUCCAGAUAAGAAGAAAAUGGCAGCUUUGCUUCAGUGUCAUAAGCCUCGAAUGCUCUUUUCAGAAGUUGUGAAGAAAACUCCAGUGAAGAAGAACAUUGUUGCCAAGCUGCCAUCAGUGCCAAUAAGUCGACGUAGAAAGGUGCCCAAGAAACCCAAGGUUCAUACUCCAAGAAAGGCUUCUGUGAAAGGAAUAAAUUCCACCGGGCAUGUUGAUUCACCGGAGACAAUAAUAAUCCAUGGCAAACAGAGUAUGGCCUUGAAAAGAUCAAUUCAAAACAUUAAGGAAGAAAGUGAAUCUCAGAAAAUUACAGCCACAGCUCCCAAGUUUGAAGACACAAAAGAUGUUGAAACUUCAGUUUCAGCCAAAGAGUCAUCUCGUGAAAUGAACACCAGGAAAAGUGUCAGCUUCUCACCAGCACCACAAGUGGUGGCAUUUGCAGCUUCAAGACGAAUAAGUACACGUAAAUCUAUGAAAAUUCCUAAUAUCACAGAAGAGAAUUGUGGUAUGCUUUCGCCAAAUGAGUCGAAUUUUUUGGAGACACUGCCUAACCGAAAGACUAGUAUAUUAAAAAAAUCAUCUUCAGUAGAAACAUGCACAGAACUAAUGGAAAUUGAUAAUAAGUCUUCUGCAAUAACUAAUUUGGAAAGUGUUCAUAAUAGUUCUGUUGUAUCAAGUACUCCUGUCAGAGUUUCAGAAAGGCAGAAAGGUAGAACACCUUCACAGUCACCAAGCACUCCCAAGAUGAAGGUUACGAUGGGAAAAUCUUCAAAGUGUGUGUCCGUAACCAACCAGAGUCCAGAAGCAUUAAAUACAAGCAUUAUGUCACAGGCAAGCAGUACGUUUGAUUUUGACGCUGUCACUACUCCCUGUAUAUCAGUUGAGAAACUAGUUUCACCCUUAAAUACCACCAGUUCAAAAAAACAAAUAAACAGCGAUUCAGCUAAACGUAAUGUAAACAUUUCUGCACAAAAAAUAUUCAAAGAUCUUGUAGCAGAUAAAGUUAUAGACAGCAGUAAAUGGCAUUACCAUGAUACGAAUGCAGCAGCCAGUGCAACUGAUGCCUGCAAUUUGACAGGUUCGGAGUCCUUGGCCAUGUCAUCAAGCAGGAAAAGUGAUCGAAGAUCAGUGUCAUUUCCUGUAAAUCGUUACUCCACAAGGAAAUCACAAGGUAAAAGAAGUUCUGAAGAGGUGUAUGCAUCCUCAAACACAACUGCUUCUGACCUCAAUCAGCAUGAUGUGGCCUCACCGUCCAAAAAAAGAAAAGUAUCAGUUAACACACAAGAAGAGUCAUUUAUAUCUAAAGAUGCAGGUGGCCUUCUUGUAAACAAACUCGAGCAGCUUCCGGGUGUAGCAGUAGCAUCAUCGCCAAAGCUUGACAGAAAUAGUGGAAGGGUUCAUAGAAUAUCUCAGCAGCCAGUGAUUGUUGACUCGAAUGAUAUUGAAGAUGCCAAGAAAGAUUUAAGAUCAUCUAAGAAAUCUUUACCUGAUGAUGCUUUGUUCAGCAAAGGAUAUGUUAAACAGCAGUCUCCCUCUGUUAGACAAAGAAAGUCUACAAUUAAUGAUUUAAGGGAUGUUACAGGUGCCAGAAGACUAUUUGACACUACAAAGAAACAAGGAUCUCCUGCAAAUGAUCUUACUGAUGUGAGAGGUGUAAAACAGCUUUUAAAAACUCCAAAGCAGCAGAAACUGCCAAAGAAUGAUUUGACAGAUGUUAGAGGUGUAAAACAGCUGUUGAAAACUCCAAGAACACGGAAAUCACCACGAAAUGACCUUACUGAUGUAAGAGGUGUGAAAAGACUACUCCGGUCUCCAUUACAUCGUCAGAAAUCACCACAGAAUGAUCUUACAGAUGUGAGGGGGGUGAAAAAGCUUUUCAGAUCUUCAAAAAAACAAAUAUCUCCCAAAAAUGAUCUAACUGAUGUAAGAGGUGUGAAAAAAUUACUUCAGUCUCCAAGGCAACAGAAAUCUCCACAGAAUGAUCUCACUGAUGUGAGAGGUGUGAAAAAAUUGCUUCAGUCUCCGAGGCAACAGAAAUCUCCACAGAAUGAUCUCACUGAUGUGAGAGGUGUGAAAAAAUUGCUUCAGUCUCCAAGGCAACAGAAAUCUCCAAAGAAUGAUCUCACUGAUGUGAGAGGUGUGAAAAAAUUGCUUCAGUCUCCAAGGCAACAGAAAUCUCCAAAGAAUGAUCUCACUGAUAUGAGAGGUGUGAAAAGGUUGCUCCAGUCUCCUAGGCAACAGAAAUCUCCAAAGAAUGAUCUCACUGAUGUGAGAGGUGUGAAAAGGUUGCUCCAGUCUCCUAGGCAACAGAAAUCUCCACAGAAUGAUCUCACCGAUGUGAGAGGUGUGAAAAGGCUACUCCAGUCUCCUAGGCAACAGAAAUCUCCGCAAAAUGAUCUAACUGAUGUGGAAGGUGUGAAAAGAUUACUUCAAUCGCCUAGGCAACAGAAAUCUCUGCAGAAUGAUCUCACUUAUGCAGGAGAUGUGAAAAGGUUAGUUGAACCUGAGUCUCAUAAAAAUACUAACCCACCUCGAACUCGCAGGGGUAAAGUGCAAGUUACUGGUGGAGAUACUAUGGUCUCAGAUGAAAAGCAGCAGAAAUCUGAAACAACAAACAACUUGGAGCAGAGAGACUUACUUAUUAUGUCUAGUGCUGGGCAAACAUCACCUAAUGUUACGAAUUUACCUCAGACACGCAGGACUAGAAAACAAGCUGUUGCUAAGGAAAUGAUUAAUAGCAAUCUUCAGGCUUCAACUGAGAGUACAUCAUCACCUAGGACCCUCAGGGGAAAGAAGAUUACUGUUACAGCUUCAAAGUCAAGUGAAGAGGUGAAAUCUCAAUCUGUUGUGGAAACUGACAUUUCCAUAGAAGUAUGUGAACAAAACAACUUGUUUGUUCAUCCCACCAAGCUUGCUUCAUUAGACGCUGCCUCUUCACCUAGAACUCGCAGGGGCAGAAAACAAAUCGUUAAUAAUAAAAAAGUUGAGGUGGAAUUAGAGCAAUUUCGUGAUGUGUUGCAGAAGCAUGAAGAGGAUGUUUUAAUUAAAACUAGUCAGCUUGUUUCAACUCUCGCUGUUUCUCCACUUAAAACUCGAAGGGGUAAAAAAUAUAUUGAAAAAAGUAAAGAGCAGGAUGAAGAUCUGAAGUCAGUUUCUCAUAGCAGCAAACUUAAACCUGAAGUAGAAACCCACAAAUUGACACAAAUUCAACAAGAAAUGCAGUCUGUUAAUGACAGUGAAACUGCUUCACUAAAAAUACGUGGUGGUAACAGAGGAGAUGUUUCCAAGCAGCAGAGGAACAAAGCUGUAACUUCACUGAGUGGUAAUAACAGCGCAGAAUCAAGAGAGAGUGACACUUUGUCACCCAAGCCUCAACAGAAAAGAGUAAUUUUUGCAGAUGUAUUGCAUGCAUCUUCACCAAGGACACGCAAAGCUAAAAAGCAGGUAGUUAAUGAGGAAUCUGAUAAAAAAGGUGGUUUAAAAGCUGGCGACCAGUUGUUGUCAGAUGAGUGUGACAAACCAGUGGGUAAGCGUCACCAGAGAAAAUUAGUGAAUGCAGAUAGUGUGGAAUGCAGCCCCUCAACUAUUUCUGGCCAGUCCAGAACCCGAAAGGGAAGAAAAUUUCAUACUGCUACUGUGAGUGAGGAGUUGAAAUUACCUUUCAAAUCUCCAAGCCCCCAUAAUUAUAAAACAGAUGGCACAACAGCUAUAGCAGAAUCGGAACAAAGUAAAGUGAGUGACAGUGUAUUCAUCGAUUCUAAUACUAUCAGCCCACUGAAACCAAGGAGAGGUAGGAAAGCUGGAACUGUAACAGUUUCUUCCACUGCGAAUAUGAGAGAGAGAACAGAAAUAAAUAGGAAUCUUGAUAAAAACAUUGCAACAUCUGUUGCUCACACGUUAGACACAGCUCUUGCUGACAACAGCACAUGUGAGGUACCUGUCGUGGCUUCCUCAAAGAGAACAUUACGUGGAAAAAAAGAAAAGGUUACUCAGGUUGCUGUAACCACUGUACCUUCAUCAGAUACAAGUAAAACUGAAGAGAGGAACAGUGUAAAAAGUACAAGAGCAGGUAGAAAACGUGCAGUUAAUUUAGAGAAUGGUUCUCCAGCUGUAAGUAUACAAAUAGGUUCUAGCAAAGAUACAGCUAUUAUUGACAGUCCUCCACCUAAGAGGUCGCGGAGGGUCAGAUUUCGUGGUGACAUGGAAGAAGGGAAG